AUGCAUUUCAGCGACGAGGAGGCGGAGAAUGUGAAGACUUGGGUCGUUAAGAGGCUUGAAGACAUUUCAGACGCCGAUUCCGAUGUCCUAGCAGACUACGUGCUCGCGCUUAUCAGGUCGGAUGCGCCAGAUGACGAAAUCAAACAGACCUCUGUCGAGAACCUGGAAGAUUUCCUGAGAGAAAAUACCCAACCAUUCGUGGACGAGCUUUUCACCCAAUUCGGCCCCAAGCCAGCUGCUCCAGUGACAGCUCCUCCGCUCCAGCCUGCCCAGCCCAUCCCUCAGGCGCACUCUGGCUUCGAUGCCUCCGCCGCUCCCAGGAACGAUUUCUACAACCGAAAACGGACUUACAACGAGGGAUUCCAGGGCGAGGAAGAUGCAGGGACCGGAGUGCCGCAGAACCGUGCGUUUAAGACUCCACGCCGUGGCCGCGGUGGUGCCCGUGGGGAUUGGUCGGGACAUGGCGCGCAGCAGUAUCCGCAGGGCCAGCAUGGCGGUUUCCCCAAUCCUAUGAUGCAAGGCUUCCCUCAGUUCGACCCGAAUGACCCGAUGGCAGCGGCCAUGAUGAUGCAGGGUAUGCAGGGUAUGGGCUUCCCGCAGAUGCCCGGCAUGCCUAUGCCUGGGAUGCCUGGAAUGCCCGGGGCUCCUGGUCAGCCUGGUGCUGGUCAGAUGGGCUCGAUCAAUCAGCGCUGCCCAUUCUACGAUACGCAGGGUAUUUGCUAUCUAGGUGCUACAUGUCCUUACCAGCAUGGCGAGGCUGGGUCCCAGAAUGAGUAUGACCCGAAGGCUGCAUCGGCUGGUGCGCAUAGAGGAGAUGGUGGUCCCUCCCGUGGUGACCGCGGCCGUGGCCGUGGACGCGGCGGGCCCAAUGCACGAGGACGGGGCGGCCGGUCCGACUUCUCGUCAGCAGGGCCUAACGAUGAUCAAUCCGUCACAACGAUUGUGGUCGAGCAAAUUCCUGAGGAUAAGCUGUCCGAGGAGGCGGUGCGUGAGUUCUUCUCGCAAUUUGGCAAUAUUGUUGAGGUGACCCUGCAGCCCUACAAGAAGCUAGCGCUGGUGAAGUUCGAGACUUUUGCCGAGGCCAAGCAAGCCUGGUCAAGCCCGAAGGUGAUCUUCGAUAACCGCUUUGUCAAGGUUUACUGGCACAAGCCCAAGCGGGACGAGAAGAAUGGCGAUUCGCAGCACGAGACUCCUGCGUUCAACCAAGAAGAGUUUGAGAAACAGCAGGCAGAAGCGCAAAGGGCACACGAAGAAAGGACUAAGAAGCGUCAAGAAGCUGAAGAGGCCAAACAGGCCCUUGAACGUCAGCGCGAUGAACUUUUGAAGAAGCACCAAGAAGAGAAGGCGCGUCUGCUACAGCGUAUCGGUGUCGGGGCCUCCGAUGAGAUGGUUAUUAGCACAGAUGAUGCCAAUGACAAGUCUGGCGAGAUGGGUGCUCCUUCUGAUGAGAAUGUGAGCGACGAGACUAAGAAACUGCGUGCUCAGCUAGCCGCUCUCGAGGCGGAAGCAAAGACUCUCGGCAUUGACCCUGCCAACGCCGACUCCGCUCGUGGCGGGUACCGUGGGCGUGGUGGUUACCGCGGCCGUGGCACAUACCGUGGACGUGGAGGGUAUGAUCCUUCAUUUCGUGGUGGAUAUCGCGGCCGAGGUAGUUUCACCCCUCGUGGUCGCGGUGGAGGUGUGCUUCGAUUGGAUAACCGGCCCAGGAGAGUCGCUGUCUCGGGCAUCGAGAUUGGUUCUGAUAACGACGAGGCCCUGCGGCAGCACCUGAUUGGCAUUGGCGAGUACGAGUCCGUCGAACCCAACCCCGACCAGGCUGGCUCGGUGAUUGUGGCUUUCAAGGAGCGCUAUCAAGCGGAGAAGUUCAUGUUCAGCCGUUGGAACGCUCCCUCCGCAGGUGAGGUCCAGAAAUCCUGGGUGCCUAACCCGCCCAUCACAAUCACGCCCACUGCGACGCCGAUAGAGAAGAACGGCCUUGGUGAUUAUGAUCAGGAUAUGUCCAUGGACACCACGCCGGCACCUCACACGACAGCACCGGGGAACAUGCCUCAACGUGAGAUGGACUACGAUGUUGCUGAGGAUGACAGCUGGGGUGCUUAG